ACCGUCCUGUGCUGCAUGUGCGGAGUUCCGAUGGUUUGGAACCCGUCAAGCAUGUGCCCCAACUGCAUCCGAACGCGGGUAGACAUCACCGAAGGAAUCCCCAAGAGCGUCCCCCUCCAGCGGUGCCGAGCAUGCGGCAGGUACCUCAACCCCCCCAAGGCAUGGACCGUGUGCGAGCCGGAGAGCAAGGAGCUCCUGCAGAUCUGCCUGAAGAGGGUGAAGGGGCUGAACAAGGUGAAGCUGAUCGACGCUUCCUUCAUCUGGACGGAAGCGCACUCGAAGCGUCUCAAGCUCAAGCUGACGGUGCAGAAGGAGGUCUACAGCGGGGUGAUCCUGCAGCAAGUCUUCGUGGUCGAGGUCGUGAUCCACAACUUCCAGUGCACCAACUGCCACAUGGUGGCAGCACAGAACACCUGGAGAGCAGCAGUGCAGGUGAGACAGAAGGUGGACCACAAGAGGACCUUCUACCUGCUGGAGCAGCUCAUCCUCAAGUACAAGGCCCACCAGCAGACGGUGUCGGUGAAGGAGGUGCCGGACGGCAUCGACUUCUACUUCCUCCACCGCCACCAUGCGCUGAAGUUCCAAGACUUUGUCAACACCGUCGUGCCUUGCAGGAUGAAGAGCGCGAGCGAGAAGCUGAUCUCCGAGGACUUCAACAACAACAAGAUCAACGCCAAGUACACCUUCUCCGUCGAGAUCCUGCCCGUGUGCAAGGACGACAUAAUCUGCCUGCACCCCAAGCAGCACGACACAUUAGGGAACGUGGGACCGCUCGUGCUCUGCAUCGGAGUCACCCAGUCAGUCAAGUUGUUGGACCCCCUGACAAUGAAGAGGGCGGAGCUGAGACCGGAGAUCUUCUACCGCCAUCCUCGCGGUGUCCUCAUGUCAACAAAGCAAGCAACAGAGUACACCAUCAUCGACGUCGAGCCCACCGGCCUCGUCAACGGCAAGAUGCGGCAGGCAGAGCUCACUCUCGCUCGAACUCGAGAUCUUGGAAGCAACGAUCAGAUCUUUCACUCCCUGACGCAUCUUGGGAAUGUUCUGCAAGCGGGCGACACCGUGCUGGGGUACGACCUGACUGCCGCUGUCUUCAACGAGGCCGAGACCAAGGAGUGGCCAAAGCUGCAGCUGCCUGACGUGGUGGUGAUCAAGAAACUCUACCCCGAGGCGAGGAGGCGCCGACGCCUCUGGAAGCUGCGAUCGAUCAUCAAGGAGGAGGAGGAAGGGACUUACAAGUCGCUCCACAAGAUGGCGGAGCAGGACUAUGAGGAAUUCCUGCAGGAUGUGGAGACAGAUGCCGAGGUCAGGCAGCGCGUCAACGUCUACAAAGAUCCUUCCAAGUUCCGCAUCACCGACGACGGCAAAAUCGAGAUGCCAACGAACACCAACGAGGAG